AUCGAUUCUAUGUUUCGGGAGAUUGACCGGACACUAGCCGAGAAGCGAGGAGAGACCAACUCUGACAAUCGUAGCAGGUCCCGGUCACGGGAACGGGAGCUGAUUCCAACUGCAGGGAAAAGAGGUAAAGGAGCGCAUGAUGAUACUAUGAAUUGCCCGCCUGAGCUCGGGCAUGGCCUCGAGGGGAAGCCCUUACCAGGCACUAUGGAAGAAGCACGGCUGCUGCUCGCCACGAGUUUGGAGUCAGAGCAUGCUCCAGUUAGCGAGGCCCGUCCCGAUGACCCAUACGAAUCA